AUGGCUCCUAGCAGGUCUAAUGAAAAUCCAUUAACGGCACUGGUGGUUGAUGUUUCACCCGUUGCUUGGGGUGACAGAGACUUGCGGCGGAGUGCUAGUGAUAGACAGAGGAAAGCAGCGGGAAAAUCAAGCAGUGGUCAACCUCUAAUCCUUGAAGAGCUACUAGUUUCGAUACAGGCAUUUGCCAGUGCUUUUAUCAGUCUCGAGCGUGACUCGGCACUGUUUAUCGUUGCUGUUGCUGGGAAUGAAGUUUCAGUUGUGUACCCGCGCAAAGAUGAUUUGGAGGCGUUCUUCUCGAGCAAUGAAUCGAAACAAGAUUCGGGGAAGAUGCAGACUCUUUUGAUUCAAGGUGUUGCAGAGUUAAUUGCAAGAGCUGCAAAAGGUGUGGGAGACAUUAAAAAUCAAACUACAGCAUCUCAUGGAGCAAUAGCAUCUGGGCUUUCUGUUGCGCUGUGUCUAGUCAAUAGAUUUCUUGUGGCGACAAACGCUGGGCUAUCAGCCCUACGUUCCGAGCAUGCCUGGAAUCGCGGGAAUGCGGAUGACGAAGGUGUGAUUGCAGCAAUAGGAGGUAUUGACAGAAAAUCAUCAAACAAGCGAGCUCGGGCCUGGUCCCCUCGCGCCUUAGUGAUUCAGGCUUCAGAUGACAGGCCAAGCGACUACAAUGCCAUCAUGAAUUGUGCUUUUGCUUCCGUCAAACACCGUGUAGUUGUCGAUGGCUGCUUCUUAAGAUGCGAUGAUACCAGCGCAUCAAGCGCGUUUCUUGAACAAACUUGCGAUUUGACCGGUGGUCUUUUCCUGCCUUUAAGUGCUGCUGCACAAGCGAACAAGGCAUUGACAGAGGUGCUACUCAGUGUUUUUCUACCUCCAAGAUCCUGUCGAAACAAACUGAAUCUACCUGCUAUAAAUGAAGUUGACUUUCGGGCUAGGUCUUUCGAUACAGGUAAAUCUACAAAUAUUGCAUUUGUCUGCAACCAAUGUUUGAGCAUUUUCGAGGAAAAACCAAAGAGAUCAUGCCCAACAUGUGGAGCUGAAAUCAGGUCUAAGAAGAACCGUGGUACUUAG